ACAAACCAAUGUUUUUGACACUUGACAGUGAUAAUAAAACACAUACGUAACCUUACUUAGUAAACAAAAAUAAAGAAUUUUUAGUUUUGAUCAAGAAGUUACCGAAACUCUCAUAUAUGUUAUAAUCCUGAUUUAAAACGGAUUAAAGUAUGGCCUGGCUUCAAAAUUUGGCAGGACAUGCCGAAAAGUUGCUCAACCAAAUAGAUCAAAAUGCUGCUACAGUGUUAAAUGAUACCAACAACAAGCAAAAUUCUGAUUUUGAAGUGGAGACUAGCUUAAUUCCUGAAUCAGAGAAAGUACGAACGUCUCCAGUGACAAUUCUGAGACACUCUAGAUCACCCACACCAGAUUUUCAGUUUGAUAAAAAGUUAGAAAAGGCAUCUGAGGGCUUUAUUCCAAUAUCUGAAAAUACAAUAUCAGUUCCGGUGAAUGAUGAGCCUAAUGAAGCAACCUUCACUAAUAUUCAAACCUCAAUGUCUUCCAACUCAAUCCACAAUAGUUUGCUGAUGACUCAAGAAUUAGAUGUUUUACAAAAUAAAAUAUCCAUGCUAGAACUAGAAAACCAAGAUAUUAAUACACAACUCUUAAAUAUGCAACACUUAUAUUCAGAAAUACGGAAUGAAAAUGCUAAUCUACAGUUCCAAGUUGAGAGACUGACUGAGCAACUAGCUUCUGCUCAGAGUGAGAAGGAGCAAUAUGUUGCUAGAGCACAGAGAAUAUUACAAGAGAAGGAGAGUUUGAUUUCAUUGAAGCAGGAGAGCAAUAAUAGUGAGAUUAAUGUGAAACACCUUUUUACUACAUAUAAUGAAGAGUUAAAGAAAGAGCUGGAAUUUCAACAAGAAAAAAAUAUGGAUUUAACCCAAAAAAAUGCCAAAUUACUGAGUGAUAUGCAAUCACUGCAAAUGCAACACCAAGUGAUUCAGCAAGACCUAAAUCAAUCGAUUCAGGCCUUACAACAUGCGCUUUUAAGUGAAAAGAUGCAAAGAUCUGCAAUUGAAGAUGAUUGUUCUCAAAAGACCAAGGAACUGGAUAUAAGGGUGCAAGAGUUGGCUCAGCUUCAAGAAAAAUUUAGACAGGCAAUGAGUAACAUCGGUACACUUAAGGAGGCAUUGCUUAAAAAAGCAGAACCCAUCACUGUUGAUGAAAACCAGAUCAGGUCUUUGACACACACAUUAAUGGUCAAGCAGAAUAAGCUGGAAACUGUCACAUCUGAAAGAAAUGCUCUGAUUCUUCAGUUGGAAAAACUAGAAGCUGAACAUAAAAGGGAGGUUGCUGAACUGAAGAGAGAUAAAGUAAAAGUAAUUAAUGUUCAAGCAGCAAAUGAUGAAGGAGUUCUCAUACCAAAUUUUAUGAGGGUGUCCCCUCAUGAUGCUGGUGUGACAAGAAGAGUUAAAAAGGCAUAUUCUACUUUGGACGCUAUAAGUGUAAGGACUGGAAUAUUUCUAAGAAGAUAUCCUGUGGCCAGAGUUUUUGUUUUUUCAUACAUGGUGAUUCUGCAUCUAUGGGUCCUAUUGAUAUUGUUAUGGUAUGUUCCUUCCAACUAGUAUUUGGCUGUAUUAAUAUUUUAUUAAUUAACUGUUAAAUGUUUUUAUUAUUAUUGUUUCAAGUAUUUUAGACAUUGUUAUAUAAAUAAAGUAUAUUUUGUAUAAGAAAAAAA